AUUCACUUGUUUUCUUCUUUCUUUCUUCUUCUUCUUCUUCUUCUUCUUCUUCUUCUUCUUCUUCUUCUUCUUCUUCUUCUUCUUCUUCUUCUUUUUCUUGGAGAAACAAAGGCGUGAAGGAGAAAAGAAAUGAAGGAGGAGGCCAGGACUGGGAAAGGACUUCAGUAGGGCUGAGUGUGGAGGUGAAGGGCGGACCUACCUUCACUGGCGGCGGCAGGGGCGGCGGAGUCCGUGAGGCGGGGGUCAGCUAGGCCGCGGCGGCCAUGGCAGUGGACUUCGGGGACCACGCCAGCGGGUUCCGUCACGCCGAGGUGGUCAGGUUCAUCAACAACGAAGUCCUCCUGAACGGCGGCGGCCCGGAGUUCUACGCGGCCUUGCGCUCACGGCCGUGGAGUGAGGUGGAGGACCGGCUUCGGGGGGUCCUGGCCGACCCGCGGGUGCCGCGCGCCCACCAGAGAGCCUGCGCCUGGAGCGCGCUGGCCUUGGGCGUGCGCGGGGCCGCAAGGCAGCGGGAGCAGCAGGGGCGCCGGAUCCGGAGGCUGCAGGAACAGAUGGAGGAGCGGGAGACCGCCGCCUGGGCCCUGGCCUCCGAGCUACAGCGGAUGCGAGGGGAGCGCAAGGAGAUGGCUGCACAGCUUCGAUGCGCGAGGGCUGCUCUGCAGCAGGUGUCGAAUGAGCGGAAUGUAUUGCGCCGACGGCUGAUCCAGGCAGAGAAAUCGGCCCUGGCUGACAAGCCACCUCAGGAAGUCAUGUCUGAGUCACGAGCCAAACAGCGUGGAGCCAGAGCAUGGCCAGUGGAUGUGGAUGAGCAGUGCAAGAUGAUGGCUGCAGGAGCACAGGCCGUGCAGCCUUCGGAGGGCCAGAUGGCAGCUCCAGCGGCAGCUCCAGAAGCAGCUCCAGCAACUGUGCUUCGUGUGCAGGCACCCCCGAGCUCCUGGGCCCAGGUCAUGCAAUCCUCUCUGCCAGUGCAGGUGUCACAUGCAUUUCCAUUCUCUGCAUCAUUCCCUAUGGGAUUUCCAUACUCGGCAUCUCUACCGCACUCACUAGUCGUGGAAGCAGACGCAGCAGCGGCAGCAACAACAGCAGCACCGGUAGGCUCGCCUCAGAUGCCUCCUCUGGUCCCACCUGGUCCAUGGGCUGCAGUGAGGGCCCAGAAACAGAUGGUCCCACUCUGUGACCAGAGGUGCUAUGACCAGGAAGAAUAUUCCGAGAUCCCCCAGGGGAGAUUUCCCCUGAGGGGCAGCAGAAGCCACAGCCAAGAGGAAGGUCCUGUGUGUCUCCAGGGAAUGGCUUCCCUGGAGAUCGGGAACCACAGCCAGAAAGAAAAUCUGGAGAGACCUCAGGGGACAGCACCCCGGAGAGACAGAAAUUCCAGCCAGAAGAAACGUCCAGUGAUGCCCCAGAAGAAGUACUCCCCGGAGAACAGCAAGAACCACAGCCAAGAAGAUCCAGAGAGGCCUCAGGGGACAUCCCCACUGAGAAGCAGCAGGAGCAGUGGUGCCAGAAAAAGCCCCAAGAAACAGCACUCUCAGGGGCAGAAGGCCAAGCAACCAAAAGGGGAAAAAGCCUCGGAUUCCCAACACCAGGGGAAGCCUGCCUCAGUAUGCAGUCCAAAGAAUUGGGACUGCCCAUGGUGUAAAGCCAUUAAUUUUUCAUGGCGCAAGGCCUGCUAUAAAUGUAAGAAAGUCUGUGUGGCUGGUGAGAGUAGAGGCCUGGACCCAGUACAGACUCACUAAUUUUAGGAAGUUUUAUAGGUGAGGGCCUGUUUUUGCAUCUCUGAGCCCCACAGAACUUGUUUGUUGCUGAAGAAGUUGAAUCCAUCCCAUUAGGAGAUCUCCCAAGAGUCUAAAGAAAUCACACCUUGAUUCUGGCUCACCCAAACCUCAUGGAGACCCUCAUUGGCUGGAGCUGAGAAGAGUGAGAGGGAGUCGUGGAAGAAGAGAUGCUUUGGCGCUCAUAAGGGGGGAAGGAAGGCAAAACGAUUUUGUUAGAAUUUAAUUUCUCUGUUGAUACAAGGGAGUAAUUUGGAAGAGUUGAGAGGGUGUUGCAGUAUUAAAUUCUAUAGAUAAUAGCAAAUUUGAUGAAUCACAUUUAAUUCAUUAAACAUAGUUAUUGAUUAUUUAAUGUAUAUUGGGAACUAGAACCAUAUGUUAAUAUUUAGUGCACACAUCAUAACUUUUUGGUGAGUUUGCUUAUAUGAUAGGAGAGAGCAUAAUUUGAGAUCAGAGGUAAUUUAUUUGCCUUGUGUAUAGCAUGGCCUUUGGGUAAACCCAAUUGAAACAAGUUAGAUAUUUUUGCAGUUCUGGGAGCAAUAUCAGAGACUUUCAUGAGAAGAUUUACCAGACUUCUCAUCUCAUUGCUCCUAGGUGAAACAAACUAGCAGUGGCAAAGAUCGGGAAAGUGGCAUCACAAAGUGCAGGCAGGACUUUUCUGAAAGUCUAAUUUCUUCCUUUGAGAGGGAAAACUAUUUUUCUGGUUGCCUGAAAGACGACUGAGUGACUGAAAUAUAAUGCUUGAGGGAGUAUUGGCCACACACUUAAACCCUCAGUCUUUCCUUUUUUUUUUUAACCCUCAGUCUUGACUACCUCCAUCCUAAGCCCAUUUCCAGUCAAAAGUGGAUGAAGAACAAGAUGGAGUCCAAGGACAGACAUCAUACUUCUCUUGGAUUGAAUUAAAAAUAAUACUGGACUGGGACAAGCAUUCUGGAGAAUGCACCUGGUACCUUUCUCCUCCACUUGGUGUAUUCUCUUCAAGGCUCUCUGCUCUUCUAAGGCAGCUGCUAUAAGUAAGAAGACAGCCAAGGUGGAGCAGAGGGCGUGGGAAGGUGUGGGAACCUUAGUCUGAACAAAAAUGUUGUAGUUUCCCCCAUGAGAUCUGUCCAGAUCACCAAGCUCAACCUCUGCCAGGGUUUUUCUGAUCCUAAUUAGUAAUAAAGAGUGUGCACUGGUCUGCUAUGUCUUCUAUGUAAUGUGUAUCUUGGGGCAGGUUGGUCAGAAGUGGCAGCUUAAAUCUGUAUAUUCCUCCUAUCCCACUGAGGCAAAGGAAAGCUCAGUCUCAUUCAAUGAGAGGGUCUCUGUCAUAAUGAAAAUUACCUAAGAAUGAGAAGGGUAAGGGGUUUUUAUGGGACCUUCAGUACAUUGUGUGAUUAACCUUGCUACCCUUACUGGCCAAGUCCAGAUGGUACAUUGAAGGUGGGCCUGUUUGCUUCUCCAGGGUCAGUGAGGUUUGGAGGUAUCUGCUAAUGUUGGAAGCCCUAAUGCCUAGGGUCCAUUUCCCUACAUACACCAAGCAGCCAUUCCACUCUAGGGCCCUACCUUCUCCCUGGGGUCCUGGUAGGGAGUAAAGAGGGCUUAGAUAUA